AUGGAUGGUAUGUACAAUUAUGAUUAUCAGUUUCGAUUAAUUGUUGUUGGUGAUUCAACUGUCGGAAAGUCAUCAUUAUUACGUAGUUUUUGUGAUGGAAUUUUUUCUCAAGAUCCAGAUCCUACAGUUGGUGUGGAUUUCAAUGUACGUAUCAUUGAAGUUAAACCUGGUGUUACAGUAAAAUUACAAUUAUGGGAUACAGCUGGUCAAGAACGAUUUAAAAGUAUUACACGUGCAUAUUAUCGUAAUUCAGUUGGUGUUCUUUUAAUAUAUGAUACAACAAAUUAUGUUAGUUUUACACAUGUAACAAGUUGGUUAAAUGAAGCUCGUACACAAAUUCAACCAUAUCAAUGUGUCUUUCUUCUUGUUGGUACUAAAAUUGAUCGAGAGUCUGAACGACAAGUAACAACAGAAGAAGGAAAAGCAUUUGCUGAUUUUCAUAAUAUAUCAUUUAUUGAGACAUCAUCAAAAUCUUCUUUAUAUGUUCAAGAAGCAUUUGCACUAAUUGCUCGAGAAAUUUAUGAUAUGUUAAUUGAAGGACGUAUACAUGUUCAAAAUGGAUGGGAUGGUGUAAAAGCUGGUCCUAAAACUGCUAAUACAAAUCAGAAUCAAUCAAUUGAUGUAAUGCAGAAUAUUCAACCACGACGAAGUGGGUGUUGUAGUAGUUAA